AUGGGACUACGAGACUUUUUUCGAAAGUAUAAAAAUAGAAAUGAAAUUCCGUCUUGCUCCACUAUCAAUAAAAAAUCUCAAAUACCGCAGCAACAACAGACACCAAAAUCUCGUUAUAUAAAAUCUAUUGAUCUCAAUAGUCGAGUGCCAGAAAAUAUUUCUGAAAAAUAUCGUCAAUUUCCAUUUCCAACACGUCGUAAUGCUAUAACAGAUGAAUAUGAAGUGUCAGAAGAAUCUUUAGGUAUUGGUAUAAAUGGUAAAGUUCUGACGUGUUGGCAACGUGUUACCAAACGUAAAUGUGCUCUUAAAGUAAAUUAG